AUGGAGCGUGAUGGACGCGCCAUUGCCUCGAACGACCUCACUAAUAUCAAGCCUUGCAGUUGGCUAUUCCACCAGGGGAAGUUGUACCCGUAUGAAUACAAACGGGGGCAAGGUUUUCCAGAGCCACCGAUGGAUUUUGUGAAUGAGUUAGGGGCGAUUCUACAAGACAUCGGCCUUUGCGAUGUUAUGGGGUUGCAGGUGUACGAGGACGGUGUUGUCGGAAUGGAGACAACAGAUUUUGAGGGCAGAGUUAGCACGACCAAGAGUUAUCCCGAGGGGACGCAGGAGUUCGAGAAGGACCCGAAUGUCAUUACCGCAUCCUUUGCCUUUUUCUAUUCUCCCGCUGGUAAUAUUAUUGUCGCGGGAUUUAUGGAAGAUUUCCUAUUUACAUUAUUUGUGGUGUUUAUAGACAUUGGCACUUGUCCUAUUCGGUAG